GCGCCGCCCCGCACCGUCCAGCGGGUGCCUGACGGGGGCAGAGCGGGACGCGGGGCCGCAUCCCGCCUCCUCGGCUGCCCCCAGAACCGCCCCGCCCGUCCCACCCCGGCUGCCCUCGCACACCCGGCUGAUUUACGGGAACCUCCUUAAUCUUUAACCAGGCAGGGCCGGAGCCGGCCAGAUCCCCCGGAGCCCGCUGGACACGCAGGGACCGACCCGCCGGGCACCCAGGAUGCCCACCAUGACACUCUGGCUGCCCCUGGCGUGGCUGGUGGCCACAGCCGUGGCCACUGUCAGCCCGGUGCCCACUCUGGAGGCCUCUCCCAGCGGAGCGAAGCUGCUCACACAGCCCCCGACACCGCCAGUGCCCCCCCAUCCUGCCACGGCCCCCCCGCAGGACGUGGGGGCACCUGUCCUGCCUAUACCCACCCCCCAUGCCCACCCCGAGGGGCUGCCUGGCUGGGAUGCCCCUCACGGGGCCACAGACGCCCCUGGGCCCACAGAACCUGAGGGAGCCUCUGAGGAGCCAGGAAGCACAGCCUACGGGACCACGGCUGUGCCCACGCCUGGCACCACUCAGGGACCCCCAGGCACCACCACCCCGCCGUGCCCCGGGGACGAGGAGCCGGCCGAGGCCUGCGGGGAGCCCACGGGGGAGCAGCGGGCGGCCGUGGCCGAGGCGCUGGGCACCUUCGCCCUCCGCUUCUACCAGCACAUGGCCGAGGCCGCCCGGCCCGACGCCAACCUGCUCUUCUCCCCCAUCAACGUCGCCACGGGGCUCUCGCACCUGCUGCUGGGCGCCCGCGGCGAGACCCGCGAGCGGCUGGGCGCCCUCCUGGCGUACCCGCCGGGGCUGGGCUGCGUGCACGGCGCCCUGCAGCAGCUGGCCGGCUCGCCCGGCCUCUUCUCGGCCGCCCAGAUCUUCCACCACCCAGAGCUGCGCCUCCGGCCCCGCUUCCUCAACGACUCCCUGCGCUUCUACGGCGCCCGCCCGCGCGCCCUGAGCGGCAACGAGAGCCUGGACCUGCAGAGCAUCAACGCCUGGGUGCGGGAGGCCAGCGAGGGGCUGCUGCCCGCCCUGCUGCCCGCGCUGCCCCCGCAGCCCCGCCUGCUGCUGCUCGGCGCCGUCCACCUUCGCGCCGCCUGGCGCACGCCCCUGGACCCCGAGAAGACGGUGCCGCUGCCCUUCCUGCGCCCCGGGCGCCCCCCAGUCGAGGUGCCCACCAUGACCAGCACCAAGUACCCGGUGGCCUCGUUCACCGACUCCCGCCUGCAGGUCCAGGUGGGGAGGCUGGAGCUGAGCGAGGGGCUGAGCCUGGUGGUGCUGCUGCCGCGGGGGCCCCUGGGGGCGCUGGAGACCCUGGAGCGGUCACUGGACCCCCCCACCUUCCUGGCCCUGCUGCGGCGGGCGGCCCAGACGCCCCCUCGGGCCACCGCGCUGGCCCUGCCCCGGAUGCACCUCGACCUCGCCCUGGACGUGGUGCCCCUGGUCCACGACAUGGACUUCGGGCUGUUCCUGGACGCGGAGCUGUGCGGGCUGGCGGAGGGCCCGGCCGCGGUGGACGAGGCGCGGCACCGGGCGGUGCUGGCGCUGGACGAGGCCGGCGUGGAGGCGGCGGCUGCCAUGGCCACCUCGGUGGCGCGCUCGGCGCUGGUGCUGGAGGCGCUGCGCCCCUUCCUCUUCGUCCUCUGGCACGACGCCGGCGAGGUGCCCGUCUUCAUGGGCCGCCUCAGCGACCCCCGGCCCUGACCCUGCCCCUCCCGUCCCCGCCCUCCCUCCUCUCAGCCCUCCGUCCUUCCCUCCCGCCUC